AGAAUACUGAGGGCUGGACGAGGAGCGUCAAUCCUGCCGUGAUAUGACACUCUUUCAACACUAGCAGAAGCACCGUGUCCUAGACCUGGCACGACAGAGGGCAAGACGCAGGCUGGAGCACGCAGAUCGGUGGCGUUCCUGUUUAUCCUCUUUCUGACCAAAACAACGAACCCAUCUCGUUACCAAGAGAGGGAAACGAUCAUGACAAAGUGUAUCACUACGACAGCAGACACGUUUCUCCUGCUGUUCAUCAGUGCUGUUGCCCCAAAACAGUUUUCUUAGAUGCAUCUUAAAGCUGGUCUCAGAAAAGACGGCCACUCGUCAGCACUGCACCUUGGCAACGGUGAAGCGCAGGUAGGCAAUGGUGCUUUUAAUUUUACCGGCGGUUUUUCUGGUGAUUUGAUUUUUUAAUUUUUUUUAAAACAUUUUUUUUUUGAAUGGAAGAGGAACCAAAAGAUUGCUCCCCGUGGCUUUAAAGGUGUGCGCUGCUCUGCUACCUCAGACCCGAGAGAACUCAUCACACCUCUCUCUCUCUUUUUUUUCCCCCUCCUUCUCCUGCUUGUGGAAUCUACGGAUCUGUUCUUGGGCUACAAGGCGAGAGUGGCUGCUAUUUCGGUCUCCUUUUCUGUUUUACAUCUCUCGACCCAAGGACCUCACCGCGCAGAAGACCCCAAAGCCGCUCCGCGAAACCCGAGCUUGUUCUGAAAAACAAACAAAACAAACAAACAAACUAACUACCAGACAAACCAGCCAACCAAGAAUUAGAAGACAUAACCCAGGCGAGAGAAGUGCCGCGGCGGUGUUGUGGGGGCAAGUCGAAAGACGAUGGUGCACUGUGCGGGCUGCGAGAGGCCUAUACUGGAUAGGUUCCUGCUCAAUGUCCUGGACAGAGCCUGGCACGUCAAGUGUGUUCUGUGCUGCGAGUGCAAAUGCAAUUUAACAGAGAAGUGCUUUUCUCGGGAAGGGAAGCUCUACUGCAAAAACGACUUCUUUAGGCGGUUCGGCACGAAGUGUGCGGGGUGCGCUCAGGGGAUAUCGCCGAGUGACCUGGUGCGCCGGGCACGGGGCAAAGUGUUCCACUUGAACUGCUUCACUUGCAUGAUGUGCAACAAACAGCUCUCCACCGGAGAGGAGCUGUACAUCAUAGACGAGAACAAGUUCGUCUGCAAGGAAGACUACCUGAGCAACAGCAACAACGCGAAGGAGGCGAACCUGCUCUCAGUCACGGCGUGCAGCGACCCCAGCCUGUCCCCGGACUCGCAGGACCAGCUGCAGGACGACGUCAAGGACCUGGAGGGCGCGAACCUGUCGGACAAGGAGACGGGCAACAACGAGAACGACGACCAGAACCUGGGCGGCAAGCGGCGCGGGCCGCGCACCACCAUCAAGGCCAAGCAGCUCGAGACCCUGAAGGCCGCGUUCGCCGCCACGCCCAAGCCCACGAGACACAUCAGGGAGCAGCUGGCGCAGGAGACCGGCCUCAACAUGCGGGUCAUCCAGGUCUGGUUCCAGAACCGGCGGUCCAAGGAGCGGCGCAUGAAGCAGCUGAGCGCGCUGGGCGCGAGGCGGCACGCGUUCUUCCGCAGCCCGCGCCGGAUGAGGACGCUGGUGGACCGCCUGGAGCCCGGAGAGCUCAUCCCCAACGGGCCCUUCUCCUACUACGGAGGUCGGUGUCUUGUUUCUGUUUGCGUUUUCCUCUGGCGCGGAGUGGUCUGAAGUGUUAAAUAAUUUCGCGUGUGUUCGUCAAGUGCCGCGUCCAUCUGUCGGCCCGGCCCCACGGCGCCUUUGAAAACGGGUUCAGGCUUUUACCUGGUGCGGCCACACUUUUAAAACCCCUAGGAAGCGAGAUUAAAAUGCACCGGGGUUUUUUUUGUUGUUGUUGUUGUUUAUUCCUCGACAGGUAACGUCGGCAGUUUUUCUACAACACGUUUCGUGCGCUCAGUUCCCACAUUGUGAACUGGAAACGGUUUUCGGGGUUUUUUUUUGUCGUCUAGUUUAGGUUACAAAUAUUCCUAGGACGGUUCACAGCUGUUAUCCUGUUUGUCUAAUCUGUUUUUAUUUUGUUCCAUUGCCUCAGUGAUAUUCUGUAAUAUUGAAAGAAUAUCAAGAUACAAAAUAUUAACGUCAGGAAUACGCAUAUAGCGUCCUGUAACAGCCCCUAUCAAAACACGACAUCUCUCUAAUCUGGAUUAAUUCGUUUUAGAGUAAAUUCCUGCUGGGCGGGGUGGCCGUAGUCGGGGCUACACAGCAAACAGCAAAAAUGUUUUUCACCUGCCGGUGUUUCAGAUUCGGGAAUUUUCAGCGUGAACCUUGUGCGCAUAUAAUUUAGUCAAAUAUGGUUUUAUAAUACAGCUAUUUGCAUUUAGGCCCUUCAGGAAAAAAAAAAUAAAUAAAUCCUCAGAUUUGUGAAUAAAAUGAAACACUGAGACGCAGGCUAGAACAGGGAGUGUAUAUCGCUGCUGGUUCUCGUCGCGUGAAGUGCGCACGUACGUGCAAAUGUGUGUGAAUUUGCUUCCAGCAGAGAACAAUGGCGAAUAUUUCAUCCUCAGAUUCCUUUCGAUUCUGCUUAGAGUUUGGGAAAAGGCAUGAGUCUGUGAUCCCUGGCCAGAACGUUUCGAUUAAUAUGUAACUGAACCAUUCCAUCCAGGUUGAUCAGUUACUGAUAAGUAAAGGGGAGGCAUUUUCUUGGUACAGGAGCAAUGCGACACCUUAUACUUUGUGAGCGAGGAAACAGACUCUUUGUGAUGCUGUAAUAAGUUUUCACUUUAUAGACAUAACAGGCAGCACUGAGCUGGCAGCAUCUGGAGUGAUAAUAAUAUGGUAUUUGGGGUUUAAAAGCCAGGUGUGUUUUUUUUGGGGGGGAAAAAAAGAAGUGGUCAGCAUUGCGUCCGUUCAUUUCCAACAGCCUGCUCUUUUGAAACAAGACCUUGCAGUGUCAAACUUCCAAUUCUGUUUUAUAUCCGGAAGUAACACUUUUGUGCACGGCGCACCGUGCGUGGUGGAGGUGCUGACACUCGGUAUGAAAUCCAAUACAAUAAAAGCACAAUUAAAAAAUGUAAAAAAAAUAAUUGUGUGCAGCUCCCCAGGCCGCUGUGCUGCUUUCGGGAUUCCUUGACAAUCAUUGACUCGCGUGGCUUCGUGUGCUGUGGAUCUACAGACCGUGGCCUAGCAUUGCGGCAUUACAAAGGGGUGUUUUCCCUGCACCGCCGACACCUGUAA